AGAACUCAACAUCAAUGUUACUAAUAUUAUUGCUACUUUAAUUAUGUAUCUAAUGUAUGCAUAAUUUAUAUCUUUGACUUAUGAAGUAGUUUCUUACAAAUUAUCUCAAAUCUUUCUUGGUCUCUAAGGUUUUAUCAGAUGGCGGAGGGACGCCAUGUUUAUACAGUUGACGAAGCUCUUUCAGCUGUUGGUUUUGGAAAAUUUCAGUUUUUUGUUCUUCUUUAUGCGGGCUUGGGUUGGACUUGUGAUGCCAUGGAAGUUAUGCUUCUCUCCGCUAUCGGACCCGCUGUUCAGCGCCAAUGGGGGCUUUCUUCCGGCGAAGAAAGCGUUAUUACCAGUAUGGUUUUUGUUGGUAUGAUGAUCGGAGCUUAUUUAUGGGGCUUUGUUUCUGAUAAAUUUGGAAGAAGGAGGGGAUUUCUGGUUAUAGCCAUAAUUAAUUCUGGAGGUGGACUUUUAAGCGCCUUUGCUCCCAACUAUAUAACGUUGAUUAUUUGCCGUUGUGUGGUCGGAGUUGGGUUGGGAAGUGCUCCGGUGCUCUUAACCUGGUUUUUAGAGUUUGUACCCGCUUCUAAAAGAGGCACUUGGAUGGUUAUUUUCCAGUUUUUCUGGACCUUCGGAGCAAUACUUCAAGCUGCUCUAGCAUGGAUUAUUAUGCCAAGAUUGACAUGGAGAUGGCUACUUGGCAUUGCUUCUUUGCCAUCUUUUCUGCUCCUCGUGUUUUAUUUCAUGACACCCGAAUCCCCAAGGUAUUUAUGCUCCAAAGGUAAAAAAAAUGAAGCCCUCAAAAUUUUAGAGAAAAUAGCUAAACUAAAUCGAACGGAAUUGCCUCCCGGCGCUUUAGCCACCGAUCGUGAAAUCGAGCUACAGCUGCAAGAGAAGAGCCUUCCACCAGAGUAUAAUGAUGAACAUGAUCUCAUGUGGAAGGAUUCAAACAUGGGACCAUUCAGAACAUUUUUAACACUUUUUUCAUCAAAAUUAGCUAAAUCAACGUUCUUACUAUGGGCUGUUUUCUUUGGGAAUGCUUUUAUAUAUUAUGGUCUUUUGUUGUUGACCACCGAGUUGAAUAAUCGGAGUCGUCGAUGCCCUUCCACUGAAAUGCUGCCGGAGAAGAAGCAUGUUGAUGUUAACUAUAAGAAUGUUUUUGUUACUUCUUUUGCAGAGAUUCCGGGGACAAUCCUGGCAGCUCUGACAGUUGAUAGAUUCGGUCGAAAAAUUUCAAUGUCGGUUGUGUUCUUCGUGUGUGGCAUCUUCCUUGUACCAUUGGUAGUCCAUCAGUCUGCAACUCUGACGACAGUUCUUCUGUUUCUAGCUCGAAUAUGCAUUACAGCCACCUUCGCCAUUGUCUUUGUUUAUGCUCCUGAGGUGUACCCAACUUCAGUGAGGUCGACAGGUUUUGGAGUGGCAAACUCAAUGGGAAGAAUCGGCGGACUGGUAUCUCCUUAUGUAGCCAUAGUUUUGGUGCAAGGUUGUCACCAAACUGCAGCAGUUGCUCUCUUUGCGGCUAUAGCUUUUGUAUCCGCCAUUUCCGUCUCAUUGUUUCCAUUUGAGACCAAGGGCCGUCCGUUAUCUGAUAGUAUUUGCAGUACCAAAAAUGAAACGCCAAAGGCCGCUACCCAAACUGAACCCUGAAUUUCUAUGUUUCGGUAGAUUAAUUAUUGAACGCAUCUAAUUUACCGCAUUAUCUGUAUAACAAACUAUGAAAUAUUAAGAUUUUUAAUUUAUUAUAAAAAAAAUCAACAUUUUUAUCAUCA